CAAAUGUUGUCGUAAUGGCGGCCUAGCUACUGCUAUCAAAGCUAGCAGGCAGUCAUGGACGGUGACAACCUGGACGAGUUGUUAGACGAAGUGGAAAAAAAGUUUUUUCGCAACGUUUCCGUCACAGAUGACUGCCGUGCGAGCUCUAAAAAGGAUAAAAAGUGCGGGAAGGACAGUGACGUGCGGGGGGAAGUUGGUUGCACGGGACACGGAGGGCAGAGAGGCAGCAUCACUGAUGACAUUGAUGCUUUGCUGGAGGAAUUAAAGGAUGAAGACCACAGCGAUUCCCCUCUAGCUAAGCAUCCUAAAAGUCGUCGAGCAGAGCAGACGCCUCCUUGUCACUCUGGAGGGAGAAAGUGUUGUCCCGUCUACCUGGGUGGGAGCGCCAUCACUAACGGAGUGGGAACAGCCACAUCCAAGAGCAGAUCGUGUGACCAGCUGAGAUGUACAUCCUGCGACUUCCGGGUGCUGACGUUCGAUGGCUGGGAGUGGGACCCGUCUUGUGAUUACCUCUUCCUAAGGAACAACAUGCCCGACCAUGAGAAGCUCCGAGGCAAGUUGAGGAAGAGGAACGGCGUUCGAGCAUACGCCUGCCAGUGCAGCUGGUUCUCCACGUUAGACGCCACAGACGUCCUGCUGCAGCCGCAGCUCAGAUGGGUGUGUGGCAAACACCUGGACUGAGGGAGGAUCCCGAGUUAAAACGUGUUGUGGCUCAGAUGUAACAGACAAUCUCAGCUAUCUUUCCCCAUUGAUUCAAGAGGCGUCACAUCCUCUACAGCCUGGACUGUUAUCUCAUUUUUGCUGUUUAACCAACACUGUUUUAAUUACACUUUUUUUUUUUUUAUUAUGUGAUCCUUCCAGUGACAUCUUGUCACCUGCCGUCAGUGAUGGGAGCGGUCGACCCAGUAGACAAUGUGGUGGUACUCGGACCUAAACCUAUCCAACAGUAGGUUAUGAGAUCAUGAAAGAAUUAUUAAACAUGUUCAGACUCUUCGUUUUGUACAUUUCAGUAGCAGUUUACUCUUUGGUGUUUUAUGUGAUGACUCAGAAAAUGCCAGCGUUGUCAUUGUCAGAAAGUGAGGAAAAAUAUCUAAAUUGAUUAAAAUUCAUGGACAAUCAAAAUGUUUUUUUUUUCAUUUUUCAGAAAGUGUACAUUUUAAAACAGUGGUUCUACAGCAGGAGUGUCUAAACUUAUUCCAGCGAGGGCUGCAUAGUGAAAAAUGAAAGGAUGCAAAGGCCACGUUGAUAUUUUGGAAGGCAACACAUGUAGCUAUGCCAAGAACUUAUACAUACAGUAUUUGAUAUAGAUGGAAAAGCCUAUUAUUGUGUCAACGUUUUAUUUAUUUUUUUACCAUUUUUGUUUUUUUUUUCCAAAUAUUUCAACUUUAUUUUGAAAUCAUCUUUGUAAAUAUUCUACUUGUAAUAACAUGACUUUAUUCCCAUAAUAUUAUAACUUUUUCCCCAACUUCAUUUUUCCAAAAAAUUCCAACUUAAUUUUUUUUGUUUCUCACAAUAUUAGGACUUUAUUUUCUUUAAUAUUUCAUCUCUAUGCUACUAAAAUGAUUUUUUUUCUCAUAAUAGGAGUUUAUUCUCCUAAAAUUGCAACUUUUU